AUGAAGUGGGUCGUUGAAUCGUCUCCGGCGGCUGUCACCCGGCGGAGCGGAAAAACGGCGACUUUGCGGCUCUCCGGUGGCUGUCACCCGACGGAGAGGAGCUGGAUGGAGGUGGGGUGCAUGUUAGGGAGCUUCAUCCUCAGGUCCGCGCAGCAAGAGGAGGCUCUUCAUCGCAUCCGGUACACUCUCAGGAGGUGGCGACUGGUCUCCCAGCGGAUCGUCCUCUUCCCGACGACGGCUUGUUCGUCGAUCAAUCGGAGAUGAUUUACUCGAUGGAUUCGCGAUCCUUUUAUCGCGAAUCGUUCAGCAAUUUUAGUAGUAAUGCUCCGCGAAUCGUGUUGACGAGAUUUUCGCUGAUGAUCCAGCGAUUCUUGUUGCUUAAUCCUUCACCGGCGAUCUGCAGGAAAGUCGCGAUAAUCAGAUAAAAAUAUAUGAAUUUUGACUCUGGGAGGAUUUGAACCCGCGCCGGUCACCCGCCUCUUCUGAGGAAGGUGUGACGGGGGUUUAGUCCCACAUCAGUUGUACGCCGAUUUUUCGGGCGAAUAUAUAGUAAUGUUAGCUUUGUGAACAAAGUCCCUUCUCUCGCGUGUAUGACCACUCCUUGCCCCACAGCCGGCUGGCCACCGGUGACGUGGAAGGGGAGUGGCAUACGCGUGCCCUGUCGGUCUCCAAGCCAAGCCGCUCGAGCCCCUACUCGCGGCUUACUCCCCAACUGCGCUUCCGACCCGCUUGCGGGCCCGGUUGGCCAGCAGGUCCCCCCAUUUUUGCAAUAUUUUUAUUUUUAUUUCUUGUUCUUUCAUUUAUCUCAAAAGUAAGAUUGUAAAAAUCGUAUAAAAUCACAUAAUUACCCAAAAUUUCACGUUAAUCAAUUGAAAACCAAAAAUCAUUCUUUAACACAAAUAUAAGUCUAUUUAUCAGGAGUUAAGGCUAAAACUAUAUUGUUUACUAAUUAUUAACUCAUGAUAAUGAAGACUUAUCAGUCCCUAACAUCUGCAGUCUUAUUUUCCUAUUUUGUGAAUUUUAAAUAUAUUUUAUUUUUAUUGCUUAAUCUAAAAUUCAUACAAAAAUUAUAUUCUUUGAGAAAAAAUUUAAAAACUUUCUCAAUAUUAUAUUACAUCUCUAUGAUCGAGUUGGAAAUUUUCCAUUAUUUUUGAAACUUUUAUUAAAUUAUAAUUGAGAUAUUUAUUCAGAAAUACUUUUAAAUAUCCAAAAAUUAGUAUUUUUCUAGUUUUAUAAAUAUUAAAUUUGUAUGAUUUAUUAUACAAUGACUAAGUCACAUCACCAAGCCAACACAUGGAUCGGAAACAUAAUCGGGUAAAGCCAUGAGCAAGGGGCUCAAGUGGCUAAGGACUACUUGGGGCAUGUGUGCGUCACUCCCUUUUCAUGUCACCAAUGGUCAAUCAAACAUGGGGCAAGGAGUGGUCAUACACAUGUAA